GUGACGUCGCUCUCUGGUUUCCGGCCUCUUUCUGUCCUCGCUGCCCGGGUCUCUCUCCUCCUGUCCCCGCAGCAGCUUCCCCAGGUACCGGCCAUGUCCAACGCCGUCGACACUAAGCUCUACGACCUGCUGGGGGUCCAGCCCGGCGCCAGCGAGAACGAACUAAAGAAGGCGUAUCGCAAGCUGGCGAAGGAGUAUCACCCGGACAAGAACCCCAAUGCCGGAGACAAGUUCAAGGAGAUCAGCUUUGCCUACGAAGUCCUAUCCAACCCAGAGAAGCGCGAGCUGUACGACCGGUAUGGGGAGCAGGGCCUGCGGGAAGGAAGCGGAGGCAGCGGCAUGGAUGACAUAUUUUCACACAUUUUUGGCGGUGGCCUCUUUGGGUUCAUGGGUGGACAGAGCCGAAGUCGCAACGGCAGACGAAGAGGAGAAGACAUGAUGCACCCUCUAAAAGUCUCAUUGGAAGAUUUAUACAACGGAAAGACCACCAAACUUCAGCUCAGCAAGAAUGUGCUGUGUGGAUCCUGCAGCGGACAAGGCGGUAAGAGUGGAGCGGUUCAGAAGUGCACAGCUUGCAGAGGCCGGGGUGUGCGUAUAAUGAUCAGACAGCUGGCUCCAGGCAUGGUACAGCAGAUGCAGUCCGUCUGUUCUGACUGCAAUGGGGAAGGGGAAGUAAUUAAUGAAAAAGACCGCUGCAAAAAAUGUGAAGGCAAAAAAGUUAUGAAAGAGGUGAAAAUUUUGGAGGUUCAUGUGGAUAAAGGCAUGAAGCACGGGCAGAGAAUCACAUUUGCCGGAGAAGCAGAUCAGGCCCCUGGGGUGGAGCCGGGGGAUAUCGUCCUGGUCCUGCAGGAGAAAGACAACGAGUCUUUUCAGAGAGACGGCAACGACCUGCACAUGACACACAAGAUCGGCCUGGUUGAGGCUCUGUGUGGCUUCCAGUUCGCGUUCAAGCACCUCGACGGACGGCAGAUUGUUGUCAAAUAUCCCCCAGGAAAAGUCAUUGAGCCAGGCUCAGUUCGUGUGGUUCGGGGUGAAGGCAUGCCUCAGUACCGCAAUCCCUUUGAAAAAGGCGACCUCUUCAUCAAGUUUGAUGUCCAGUUCCCAGAAAACAAUUGGAUUAACCCAGAAAAACUCACGGAACUUGAAGAUUUGUUGCCAGCCAGACCAGAAAGCGCCAACAUCACCGGAGAAACAGAGGAGGUCGACCUUCAAGAAUUUGAGAACACCCGUGGCUCCGCAGGAGGACAGAGGCGCGAGGCGUACAACGACAGUUCAGAUGACGAGAGCAGCCACCACGGCCCCGGCGUGCAGUGUGCGCACCAGUAACCAUUUCUACACACAAUUGCACAAAAGGAUUUUCUUUCGAAUAAUUGUUUUUUUUUGGCUGUUUUCUUUGUUCCUUUUUUUUUUUUCGCGAUCCAGCGCAACGCCCAAUCAAUCGUUCUGACGGACAGCUGUCGCUCUACAUGUUCCUUUUUAAAUUGGUUCUAUAGUAUUUUCCGAGUGAUUCAUUUAAGACGUAAAACUAACCACAAGGCUUUACCUGCAGAUUUGACUGUUCUAUAGCGAAACAAUAAAAUCCUCCCCGAAAAGGAAGCGAGGGACGAGGCCUGAAUCUGCUGCUCUUUGUACCGACCGCUUGAGUUGUUAUCAGUCUGUGUAGUUUUACGUUUCCUGUUUUACGUUCAGACCUGUAAAUGUGUAAUUUUUUUAUUUUUUUUGUUCUGGAGCUGUGUAUUUGGCUGCACUUACAUGACCUGCUACGUAUAGAAUAAACAAUUUCGUGGUCUGUA